UUUGUAAUCAGCUCAUUAAUUAUUUACCGGAACCGUUUCAGCAAAAUCUAAAGAACGUAAACAAGUGUUAGAUUUACCUUGAUUCCUACAGAUUAAGACAUUUACUUUACAAGAAAGUAAGACUAGCGUUUAUAUAUUUACAUGAAGUUUUGAAAUCCAGCAGAAUCUUGAUUUAAAAUUUUCAAAAGUGAAAGAUUUAAAUGAUAUUCAACAUCAUCAAAAAUAUAAAAAUGUGUCCAGAAAGUUUAGGCCUGUUGUGAGGGUGCUUUGAGCAGCACGUUCAAACAAAUUGAACGUCUGUUAAACCUAUCCGUCAUCAUUAAGCAAAAUCUAAACAUGUUGAUAAACAGAAAGACAAGUUUUAAGGACAGUAUGCCAAUAGCAGACUAUGGCCCCGAAGACAACAUGUUAGAUAAUACGGAUAUAGAGUGGGUCAACAAAGUAUCUGUUCGUCGUCUGUUCAGAUUUUGUGCGCUAUUGAGCAUGCUGUCCGUGAGUAUGAACACUCCGAAAACGUUUGAAUCCUAUCCGGAGCUGAUGUAUGUGACAUUCACCAUUGAUAUGAUCAUCACGUUCAUCUUCACAGCCGAGAUGAUCGCCAAGAUGCACAUACGAGGAGCGUGGAAAAAUAGAUACAGGAGUGAGGCACCAUAUCUAAGAGACCGAUGGUGCCAGUUUGAUGGAGUUAUGGUUCUUUGUUUGUGGGGUUCUGUUGUUCUACAGGUUUUUGAAUUGACCAACAGAAUUCCACCAAACUCGGCUGGAUCGGCAUUAAGAAUUUUACGAUCGCCACGGCCACUGAUUAUUGUCCGUGUUUUUAGAGUCUUCCUGAAAUUUCAACUUCCUAGAAAUAGAAUAAACCAAAUUUUCAAACGGUCAAGUCAACAGAUCUAUAAUGUCACAAUCUUCUUUCUCUUCUUUAUGUCCUUGUAUGGUAUUCUUGGUGUACAAUUCUUUGGAGAAAUGCAGCAUCACUGCGUUAAAAAUGGAACUCAUCCUGAUAAUGUAACUGUAUGGGAUUUAGCUGUACCUGAUACAUAUUGUUCACCUGUACCAGGUGUUGGCUAUCAAUGUCGUAAGGGUAUGGUUUGUGUUUAUCUAGAUCUAUCUAAAGAUGUCAUGGGAUUUAACGGAUUUGAUAUGUUUGCUACAAGUAUAUUUACUGUAUAUCAAGCUGCAUCACAAGAAGGCUGGGUGUUCUUGAUGUAUCGUGCUAUAGACAGUUUACCAGCAUGGAAGGCCUUUCUGUACUUUAUAUCGUUGAUCUUCUUCUUGGCCUGGUUAGUUAAGAAUGUAUUUAUAGCUGUAAUUAUUGAGACGUUUGCUGAGAUUCGCGUACAGUUUCAACAGAUGUGGGGAACACGAGGUAGUGCUGCUGAAUCAGAUUCUUCACAGGUUAUUCAGUCUGAUGGUGAAUCAUGGAAGUUAGUCAUAAUGGAUGAAAAUAAAGCCAAAGGAUUAGCUCCAGCCAUGUUUCAAUCCAUUUUAAAGUCUAAUUUUUUCCACACACUUGUCCUGCUGCUGACAUUAGCCAGUGCUAUUACAGAGGCCGGUCUAAAUUUUGAUCAUAAAACGAAAAAUCCUGAUAAUACACUUGACAACUUUUAUUAUUCUGAGGUUGUUUUUACUGUAUUAUUUGACCUGGAAGCCAUGUUUAAAAUCUGGUGUUUAGGGUUAAGUGGAUAUUUAAAGAGAUCCUUACACAAAUUUGAACUGGUUUUAGCGAUUGGUACAACUAUACACAUAUUACCUGGCUGUUAUAGAUCACAACUUACAUAUUUUCAGGUUUUACGAGUUGUUCGUUUAAUAAAAGCAUCACCAAUGUUAGAAGAUUUCUGUUUUAAGAUAUUUGGACCUGGUAGAAAGUUAGGAAGUUUGGUAUUAUUCACCAUGUGUCUGUUGAUUAUAGCUUCCAGUAUUUCACUACAACUCUUCUGUUACAUCACAGACUUUAAAAAGUUUGAGACAUUUCCUCAGGCUAUCAAAUCAAUGUUUCAAAUACUAUUACAAGAUGGUUGGACUGAUAUUAUAGAUGAAGUUAUGGAUUUGGUUAAUAACUCAUUCCUAGCAGUUCUCAUAGCAUUGUAUUUUAUUCUUUACCAUCUGUUCGCGACCUUGGUGAGUAGCCAUGGUUACGAUCACCAUGGUAACAAUGUUGCUGAGAUACUAAAAAAUGGAUGGGCUUAGUU